GUCGUCUGCAAGUGCCAUGUUGUCUAGAAUUGUAACCUAACUUGUCAUUCAAGAUGUGCCAAUUUUUUUAUUUAAAUAAAGAAGAUUUAUCGUUAUACACUAUAUUUUGAGGCGAUUUAAAUGGCAAAUGUGGAAGGCUCCUCUGAUAGCAACAUACAAGAAUACCUACCGACUACUGGCCUGGUUCACAAUGAAGAGAUUAAAGAGCUAAUUUUCUGCAAGCCGAAACUGAUGCCAUUGAAAUCAGUCACACUUGAGAAGUUGGAAAGAAUGCAAAAAGAAGCCGACCAGAAACUGAAAGAGCAACAACGUCUACCGACUGCAGCUCCUCUACCAACAUUUCAAAGCUAGAUACCAUCUGAUAACUUAUAUUUUAGAAAAUAUUUAAACACAAACAUGACGUUGACACCGUUGAUUACGGAAGUUGUGGUAACAUUUUGCUUGGCAGCAUGCUUGCUUUACCGUUACGGUAAUUGGCAUCAGCAUAAUGUGCUGGUUACCAUUGCUGUGUUGAUAGCAUGGUACUUCUCUCUUCUGAUCAUAUUUGUUCUACCGUUGGAUGUAUCAUCGACUGUAUUCAGACAAUGCAUCCAGGCGAACGUGCAUCCAGACUACACCCUCCUAGCAAAUGGAUCUGCUGCACCCUUGAUCCUUUGCGAAGAGCCGUGGAGCUUUGUGCCCGAAAACGUUCUGCCCAAUCUUUGGAGAAUCGUUUACUGGUCCUCUCAAUUUUUAACUUGGCUCGUGUUACCAUUGAUGCAGUCCUAUGCCAAAGCCGGAGAAUUUACAUUCCAAGGAAAACUGAAAUCAGCAUUGGUUGAUAACACAAUAUACUACGGAUCUUAUCUAUUCAUAUGCAUCAUGCUUCUCAUAUAUCUAGCUGUUAAACCAGGAGUACUUCUAGAUGGGCAAAAGCUGAAAGCAAUCGCUUCAUCAGCCAGCAACACGUGGGGUCUAUUCCUGCUGGUGUUGCUUCUUGGCUAUUCACUGGUUGAGGUGCCUAGAACAUUCUGGAAUGCCAGCUCCCGGGUUCACACCCUCAACCACGCCUACUUUAAAGCUUCGAAAUUGUCUUCUGAUAAGAGCGAGUCUGAAGAAUGUUUGGAUGACGUGCUUGAAGCCGUGCAAUCAUAUGCUUGUUGCAUUAGACCCGGCGAUCCUCUGUAUGGGCAACUGGAAACCAUAAUGCACAAAAUACCUCGAGAUUUGAGGCAGGGCAUGAAACGUCGACAGAGAAACAUGGAGGAUGCCAUGGAUGUACCAUCAAUCAAAGGUCUAAUUCGACUACACAAGAAGCUCAUCAAAGCUUUGCAAAUCUAUAGACGCUGUGAAACGCAAUGGGAUUUGCUAGUAGAAAGGAUUAUCUUUCUAGAUGAUGUGACCAGAAAUCAAGUUAGCCGAGAUCACAAAUUCAAGCCUUCGUUUCCUCCUUCACGCCCCAACUGGCUGAAUGUUAUCUAUACGCCUACCAUUGAAUGGUAUUGGCGCUGUCAGAUCCAAUGCUACCUACUCCGCACGGCAGCUAUAAUUUCGGCCAUCUUGUCAGCAGCUGUUGUCUGGUCAGAGGUGACAUUCUUCAACAAGGAGCCUGUUUUGUCAAUUUUCGCCCAGCUUUUCAACUGGUCCAAGGAACACUACGAUUACUUCACUAUUGAGAUUAUGUCUACAAUAAUCAUAGCAUAUUUAUGCUACUGCGCCUACUCGACUGUUUUGAAAAUACGAGUUCUCAAUUACUACUACUUGGCUCCACACCACCAGACUGAUGAGCACAGCCUACUGUUCUCUGGCAUGAUGUUAUGUCGUCUAACUCCUCCACUCUGUCUCAAUUUUCUCGGACUUAUUCACAUGGAUAGUCAUAUAAUUAAAAGUCAUAUUAUGGAGACUUACUAUACCCAGGUGAUGGGUCACAUGGACGUUGUUUCGAUAAUCUCGGAUGGAUUCAACAUCUACUUUCCGAUGGCAAUACUGGCGUUCUGCUUCACCACUUACUUCAACAUAGGCUCUCGGCUGCUCUCUUUUAUCGGCUUUCAACAGUUUCUCGAUGACGAUGAAGUUACCACUGAUUUAAUUGAAGAAGGCCGAGAACUUGUCAAUAGAGAAAAAAGACGACGGCAGCGCUGUGAGGAAACUGCAGGAAGGAGAAGACAAUACCAAGAGCGUUUUAGAAAUUCAACUGCACUUUCUAACGAGGGGAGAUCAAUAAUUCGGGAAGACUCUUCAAGGUCAAACCUGCUUGCAGCUGCUGAACCGAUCGACUCUUACCAGAGCAACCUGGAAGAAGGGCCAGAGUUCAAUCUGGCCAGAAUAGGCCAGCCUCCCAGGGGUCUGUUCGACGAUAUAUAAACAUUAUUCAUUUCAUUUUAAACAUUCAAAGUGAGAACGAUUUAAUCAGGAUUGUGAUUGUAGUUUCAUUUUAGAGGUAAAUCUAAAUAAUACAUUCCGUAAUCUAUAAGAAAUGUUUUUGUGUCUAUUGUAGUGUAAUAUUUGUAUAUUGUAAUAUAAAUUCAGGGUAUUAUAUUAUUAUAAAUUUUUAUUACAAAUUUUAUUAAUUUUUAAGAGCCAUAUUAUGUUUAGGAUACGAUUCCAUUCCGUUCGUUCAUGGUUGGUUUUUUUACUGUAUAUUGAUUAUUUUGUACCUUAUCACUGGAAUUAUUAUUGCAUUAUUAGAAAUGAUAUGAUCAUUCGAUUGAAAAAUGUAAAAAUGAAAAAUCUAUACUUUUAAUGUUCUAAUAAACUUUGAAUAAGCGAAUUUAGUUUCUAAUUUAUAAAAAAGUUUUAUAUUGAGCUAUUAUAAGGGGAAUGUGGAAGAAUUAUUACAAUAUUUCCAACUUACUCAGAUUUUUUGUUAAGAAUACUUUUUUAGAAUCUUUUUUGGAAUCAUUACUCAAUCCGAAGGUACAAUUUUUGUACAAUGAGUAUAUGUUCAAUCAAUACAAAUAGAAAAUUCAUUUUAAAUAUUUUUUUAGGAAUUAUAGUUGACUGCUGGUCAAUAUAAAUUUAUUUCAGUCAUAGAAUACAAUUAUGAAUUCUCGACUGUCAGUUAGUUAUUUAAAUGAUAACUUUUGAGCAUUUGAAUGGAAAUUAUCGUCUUCUUAUAUGAGGGAAAGACCAAUCAGAAAUCAACGAUAUUAUCCAACAAUAAUGAUUAUUAUUACCUUAUAAAAUAUACUUUUUUUAUACUAAAUGACUUAGUAUUUGCAUUUUGUAUUUUAUGAAUCUAUUCAACACGAGACUUAUACCAAAGCCCAAACAGUGUAACGUGCAUUUGUCAAUUUAAUUUAUAUCAAUUGAAAAAAAUAAUUAGCAAUUCUUUAUUCUUUAUAAAUUUUAAAUUUAUUGAUUUAUUAUUAUGAUACUGCAGAUAUUCGAAGAAACUUCUAAUAACACAAUGAUAAAAAGUAGGAUUGAAGCAAAACAUUAUGCAAGGAAUAUUAUAGCCAUUUCACAUUAAUGUUAAAUUAGAAAUAUUCAAUAAUUUAGAGAGAUAAGUUUCACGUACUGUAUAUACUGUAAUACAGAUCACUAGGCAAGUUUCUAAAAUAUGUUAAAAAUAUAUUAGUAAUAUAUGAUUAUUGAUUUUUAACCAUUCAAUAACAUAAGUUUAAUGUCAUUUAUGACCCUAGUCCAAUUACCAAGAUUAGUUUGUAGACAAAACAGGUAUUAUUUGAAAUAUAUUUUCUUUAAAACCUUAACAAUUAUGUUGAAUCAAAUUCAAAUGAUGGUAGAAUCUAUUUGAAGAUUAACUAAAUAAUUUUCUAUAAUUUUAUUUAAGUUGGUUUAGCAUUUAUUUAAUUAGUAUUAGUAUUAAUUGUUGUAGUAUUGAAUUAGUUUUCAUAUUAUAAAACUGAUAAUAAAAUCAUGGAUAAAUAGUCGGUUGCCAUUUCUUAUCGUUAGGAUAUCCAUUCAUAUUUUUUAUACUAUCAGUAGAUUUAUUAAGGUUUGAAUACUUUUUUGCUUCAAUGUGAAAAAUGAGAAGAACUU